AUGGGCGAUGCUGUGCGCCCGGCUGAUGAUAUAUUCAAUCAUGUCCUCCAGGAAAGCUUUCGAACGUGGUCCUCCUAUCUAGCUAGUGAGGAUGAAGGUCAUCCAUUCCCACAGCACGCAAUAGACUUGGGAUCACUUGUCUGCCAGACCCCGCCUUUCCUUGGUGGUAGCGCCGCUGCCUCUGACGAGAAGAUCGCGUUCGCUUGCGAGGAGAAACAAUCGACACAAGGGAAAGGUAGUCUUGUCGUUAACGCACAGUCAACGUGGAGAACCUCUACAGGCAAAUGUGAUCUACCGCCUAGGGUUCUCUCCAAACAGCUUCUAUUAGCUGUUGGCCAUAAAGUGAGUGUGAGAUUGUCAACAGACUCUCCCUUUUCACACUGGCCUGGAGUCCAUGGACUAUCGGACUAUGACGAAGGAAACUAUCUAUCAGUUCUUUAUCUUGCAUGGGCCUACAUAUUGUCCGCCCGAUGGGUUGAGUUGCUCGGACGUUCGCGUGAUCACGAAUGUCAGAUGAGCUACUCCCCGCCGAGUUGUGAAGGCCCAGUACACUCAAACAAGCAACAUAUGAUUCAGAUUGAUAUCGGUGACGAUGCUUGCGCGGAGGAAGUUUCCUGGUGGCGUGCGGUCUUGUGCUCUGACAGUUGCUGGGAUGCGACCACCAAGUACAAUGGCCAUGAAUAUUUGUCGCCGUGGUCGCUGUCUGCCACUGGCGCUGGAUUGAUAGUAACCACCAAGGGCUUCCUGAAUACUAGGGCAGACCCACCAGAUUCAUGGACCGCUCUUGAAUAUCUACGACGCUUCUGUGUACACCAUCGUCUUUACGCCCAGUGCUCAGUCGCCCUUGCCGGGGUACUUUAUAUCCCAUUCAUGAGGGGAGGAACAAUCGCACUCCCUUUCCCUAAAGAAAGUUCCCGACUGAAGUCAAAAGAGGGUGAUGGCGGGUCCACUGUUCCCAUUCAGGAACUCCUCAAAGAGCACGGCCAAUUGCUUGCCAAGUACAUGACAUUGAGUUCCAAUGUAUGGGGUCUACGCUCGAUACUGUGCAGCACCUUCUUCAAUAAAGAUAUCGAGUGUAACCUUGUGAGUGCGUGGCUGAACCCAGCCUUCGCAAUUCUCGAUUCAAUAUCUUCGAAGAGCAAUUCAAAGGCCGCGUUUCUGAUAAAUCGGCAACCUCGAAUCGGUAUUCUCUGGCUCGGUGCCCUUCUCACAGACUUGGCAAAAUCUAUCUUGCGCGACGUACGAGCAGGCAUGACGGCUGUGGAUCUUCCUGCGUCUGCCUGGACCGAAACAAGUCAGUCUUUCUUGUCCUCAGAAAUAGAAUCCAUCGAUGGCGAUUAUAUACAUCGCGAUGAUGAGUGUCGGUUACUCUUCAUUACAGCCUUUGAAAGUCACGAUCGACCUCCAAUCUGGCCCUGGAAGCCCUUUGGGGCUACCCAUCUCAGCGAAACAGAGUUAUCAGUCUUUGAACAUGCUUGGUGUACCGGGCAUUACCUGGAAUACGACUCUUGGGAAUGGAUUUUGACGGACAAUCGUUCAAUAAAAAACACAAGAGAACAAACUAGCCAGCCGACAGACAAAAAAUCGCAAUACCUCCAUAACAGAGACUCUCCGGUUCUUGAAGACUAUACAUAUAACUUCUUCUCACAGUCGCUUUCCGAAGGCGCUACACGUGGUAUAUUCAGAUGGUUGAGAUCCACAGGUUACCCUAGCAGCGAAAGACCUAUGUAUCAGCUUUUCUGGUUCGAUAUGGAAGGUACUGAUGACGAGGAGGCUCCAGACGAUGAGGAAUCGGACGUAGAGAUGCAGAAUAGUUUGAGGAAAACACACGUUCAACUCUGGCUUGAGGAGCUUGAAUAG